AUCAACUCUACCAACUAAACGUCAAAUUUAUUUAUCUAUGUUAAAUGUAGAAUAUAAAAGCAGCUCGAAUUCGACACCGAAUUCGACAGUUUUUUAUAAAUAAAAAUUAUGGGAAGGCCUAGAGAUUCAAAAAAAAAUAUUCCUUCUCCUACGACUACCUCAGUUACUGGCUCUUCAAAAUCUUCAGCACCUUUAAAAAUAAAAAUACCUAGAAGUGAAGCUUUACUAAGAGAUAAACAAAAACGUAGACUUUCUACAGGUACAAAGAAAAGACCUAUUAUAUUAGGUAAAAUACCUGAGGAUGACGAUAUUGAAGAAAAAGAUAUUCCCAUUGAGGAACAAUUUAUAUUAAGGUUGAUGGUUCCAGAGGAUGUUAAACAAAAGUUUAGAGAAAAAGUUAAAACCGGAAAAUUUACUGACGAUAUUGGGAUUAUUUUUAAAGAUCCUCGUCGUGCAAUAUUCACUUUUGAAAAUCAAAAAUAUCGUGCUAAGUUAGUCGAUUUACCUUGUAUUAUUGAGGCUCAGAAAACUUUUAAUAAAAUACAGUACUAUAAAGUUGCUGAUAUCUGUCAGAUGUUAGUUGUAGAAUCUCAAAUUCAAGAUGAUGAACAAUUAUUUACUGAAAAUUCUAAAUCUUCAAAUGUUGACGAGUUUGAAUGGCCUGACGGAUUAACAACACCUCCUUUGAAGAAUGUCAGGAAAAGAAGAUUUAGAAAACGUAUCUCUGCUAAGAAAAUUGAAGACAUCGAAAAAGAGGUUGAAAAAUUAUUGCAUGAAGAUUCGUUAGCAGAGGAAGUUAAACUUGUAUGGGAGGAUGCAAUUGAUUCAGAAACAGCAACACCAGCUGCAUAUAUUGGGUCAAAAGCACAUGAGGAAGAAGAACAAGAGGAGGUUGAAGAAGUACAAGGUGAAGAAGAUGAUUAUGAUGUAGAAUUAGAAGAAGAUACGACAGUAUUAGGCGAGGAAAUUCUUGAUGAGGAUCAAUUUUCAACACCCGAUGAUGAUUUGCAAAAGGAGUUCGAAAAUGCUCUUGAAAGAUUUGAUGAAAUGUCUGACUCUAGUGAUAAAAAUGACGAUGAGGAAACAACAGAGUCGGAAGAAUCUACUUCAGAAUCGGACGAGGAUGAGGAUGAAGAUCCUGAAUUGACACAAAUAUUGAAUAAACGAGAAGAAUUAACUACCGAUAUUGCUAAAUUAGAAGAAGAAAUUAAAAACUUUGAAUCACAUUUCGCUUCUGCAAUUAAUCCGUUAAUACAGGAACGACUUACCGGCAAAAUUACUACAGCUAAAGAAGAUUUAUCACAAAAGCAGCAAGAAAUCGAAACUGGAGAUAAACGAAUUGCUGAAAUUCAAGAGAGAAUGAAAGCUCAGGUAGCUGAAUUAAAGAGACUUUCAAAAGAAAAAAUGAAAGGAAAGAGAAGAGAAUCGGAUGAAGAUUCAGAAAACGAGACAGAAAAUGAGAAUUCAUCAGAAGAAGAAGAUGAUGAGCAAAAUGAAGAAGAAAAUAAAAAGGAUGAUAAGCAGGAGGAAGAUAAGGAUUCUAAAAAAGAUGAUUCAAUGUUUCUUCUUGGUGAAGAUGAAUUUUAUGAAGAGGAGUUAAAUAAUAAGGAUGAUGAUGAUGGUGAUAACAAAGAAGAAACUAUGACCGUAGAUAACGAUGGACAAGAUGAAAAUGAGGGUGAUAUAAUGGAUAUUGAAGAUGAUGACAAAGAAAAAUCUAAAGAAGGUAGCGAAAAAAGUCAACAUAGUAACGAUGAAGGCUAAUAAGAGUGUAAACCUGUAUAUUUAAAAAAAUAAUAUCCCUAAUUUAUAUAUUAAAUUGCAUUUAGCAAUUUAAUUGGAAGAUUUAAAAGAUUUUAAUUUGAAGGAAAUUAAUUCUUUGCUCCAAAUUUAACAUAUAUUAAAGUGUUAUAAGAAAACUUUUUGAGUUUAUAAAUUGUAAACAUACUUUUUAUAGAUUCAUAUAAAUAAAGUAAU